AUGCCUGACCCCGUCAGUAUUACCGCCUCCAUCUUGGGUAUCAUCCAGGGUGCAACUUUCCUGUCGAGUACCAUAGAAAACAUUCGAAGCGCCCCAGAGUCCAUCAAGAACAUCCAACGCCAACUCCAACAUCUUAAACCUAUUCUUACGCAGCUUGCGUACGCCGUAGACCAAAAGCAGAUCGACACCGACCAGUUUGGUGCUGAGGUCAAGUCUGCUCUUGAUAACUGCUAUCAGGCAUGUACUGAGUUCAGCAACUCACUUGGACACUGGACAAGACACUCCAGUGAAGACGAAACAUCCGUUCUGGAUUAUACUAAGAUCGGGCUUUUGCGCCAAGGUCGAAUUCGCUUGAUGAAAGAUCAGCUUGAUCAGUGUAUGAAGAUACUCAACGUCACUUUGGUGACCAACAACACCAUCCAAAUGAGUCGUCAAAAAGGCAUGAUCAAAGAGCUUCGUGACCACAAAUUAUCGUCACUCGAAGCCUCCCUCAAACAAAAGAUCGAUAAAGUUCACAAGGACAAAAUGGAAGUCGUCAAAUACGAGAUAGAGGCAUCAGUGGCAAGCGAGACCGACGACAAAGAGUCGUUUGCUUCUGAUGUAGAGCGACACAAAAAUAUGGUUCAAAUAUCGGAGAAGGUCUACAAAAAGGCUCUCGAGGCCGUCGCUAUUGAACGAACACAGCAAAACAUUUCUGAUGUUUGUGCUACAGUAGAGAGCACUUCCCUGGCGGGCAAGUUCAACGUGGAUGGGCCAGACAUGACAGGGCAGGAUAUCACAAAGGUCCAUGCCGACUAG